UGCUAACCGCCACAUGAUUUCUCGUUCACUGGCCCCACUUCUCAACUCUUAAGAAAAAGGAAAAGCGGUUUCUUAAUUUUCCUGCAACACUCUUUUCUUUUGUCCCCUUCUACAUUGAUUCACUGAAGGUAGAUUCGAAGUUAAAGGAACAAAACAACCAGAGGAAAUUUCAAAACAAGUUUCACUCUUUACUUUAAUUUUUUUUUCGAAGGAAUGGAAAUGAAGCUUCUUGUAAUGAUUCUACCCAUGUGGGCUUGUUUUUAUUCUUUGUUCUCAUUUGUCCUUGCUGUCAGACAGGACACAACUGUUUCCAACAUUUUUAGUUCUGGUUUUGUUGUUGUGAAGGAACCCAUUUCUCAGUUUUCUGCAAAAAUGGAAGCUCAAUCUCCAGGAAAUUCUGAGGUUAGAAUAGUGCACCACCAAGACCUGAACAAGAAAAUACUUAUAGCGCUUGUUGUUGCUUCCACUCUUCUUGGUGUUCUAUUUCUGCUCUUUUUAUACUUUUGGAUCUAUAGAUUGAAAACAUUGAAGAAUUCCAACGGAAAAAGCAAGCAGAACUUUGAUUCCGGCCGAGGACUUUCAUUGAGUCCAAUAAUGGGGCGAUUUAAUUCUUUGAGGACAACAGGCAAGACGGAUGCAGUUGCUGUCAUUGAGUAUCAGUAUAUAGAAGCUGCCACAAACAAUUUCUGUGAAAAUAAUGUACUGGGACAGGGAGGUCGUGGGCGAGUCUAUAAAGCUCGUUUCAAUGAAAAAUCCCUUGCUGCAGUGAAGAGAAUUGAUGAUAGAGGGCAGGAUGCUGAAAGAGAAUUCGAGAAUGAGCUGAACUGGUUAACUAAAUUCCAGCAUCAGAACAUUAUUUCUCUUUUUGGUUACUGCAUCCAUAAUGAAACAAGGUUUCUUGUAUAUGAAAUGAUGCAAAAUGGCUCUUUGGAGAACCAAUUGCAUGGACCUACUCAUGGAUCUGAUCUAACAUGGCAUCUGCGAAUGAAAAUUGCUGUUGACGUAGCACGAGGACUAGAAUACCUGCAUGAGCACUGCAACCCUCCUGUAGUCCACAGAGAUCUGAAAUCGUCUAACAUUCUUCUUGAUUCCAACUUUAAUGCAAAGCUUUCAGAUUUUGGCCUUGCAGUGACUGGUGGAACCCAAAGCAAGAAUGUAAAGCUUUCUGGAACGCUGGGCUAUGUUGCCCCAGAGUACCUGUUAGAGGGUAAACUAACUGAUAAGAGUGAUGUAUAUGCCUUUGGAGUUGUAUUGCUGGAGCUUCAUGGGAAGAAGGCGGUGGAGAAGACGUCACCAAGUCAAUGCCAAUCAGUAGUCACAUGGGCCAUGCCUCAGCUCACUGACCGAUCAAAGCUUCCCAAGCUCAUGGAUCCUGUAAUUAGAGACAAAAUGGAUUUAAAGCACUUAUAUCAGGUUGCUGCUGUGGCAGUGCUAUGUAUACAACCUGAACCAAGUUACAGGCCAUUGAUAACGGACGUUCUACAUUCGCUCAUUCCCCUUGUACCUACUGAGCUUGGAGGAUCACUACGAGUCGCAUAAACAGCAUAAACUUUGCCUUAUCAGCACCCAGCCUUUCACACAAAUAUUUAACCGUGUUUAUUGUAUCAGUUGGCAUCACAUUCUCCAAUGCCGGUAGAAGUUCAAACUACAGCACACUCUUCUGUUUUAUUCCUGAUCAUUCUUUUCCAGACAAAAGGUGCCAUCAGGGAUUCAUAUACAGGUAAGAUCAUGCUAGUUAGAAAUUCAGUUUCAAUUCGGUACAGCUGUAAAUUAUAUGUGAUUGUGUUAUAGAACUUGCAAUGUAGCUUCUUUGGUUUAGAUUCAUGAAAUUGGAAUACACGUUUGGAUGAAAUUGAAGAAUUCUAAUUUCGAAUCAGAAGAAUGGUAGAUAACAGUGCGAUGUAAAGAUUCCAGUAUGGUUGAAAUAUGAAUGUCUUAUAUUCCUGA